UAAUCGGCUAAUUUGGCCCCGAUGGCCUUUAACAGGCUGCAGGUGAACUCACCGAAGCUGCAUCCCCCGCAGAUCGACGCACUUAUACCGCUGUCAGACCGCAGAGACUAGUCGCCACUCAAAAACCUGACUUGUUACCUGAGGAGACAUGUAUUUCCUCCUAAGUUUUCUAAUGAUUUCAGGAUUUUAAUGCGCUUCUGGUCAACUACGUACGCCUGAUAGGCUAUUUCUGAGUUUUGUCAUCUUUACGACACAAAAUGUUCUUUCUUAAGAAGAAGACACGGAACUUUAUCCGUAUCUAUUUUAUAAUUAUGAGUUAACUGUAAAUUUCUUUUUUAUUUUGUAAAUAAGACCAAACUUCCCCGGGUUCCAAUCUGUUUUACGCGGUGUAUUUUGCGUAAAGUGUGCGCCGGAGCGCUUUGGAGCUCCACAGUAGAGUCUGGCCUAGAGUCGUCUCCAUGACACAAUGAUGAGAUUACAGUUCGGAGACCAGAGUCCUGCCCGGCCUUCAUGAGAGCCCGCUGGCCGCGCUGCUGCGGCUCGGACCGGGACGGAGCGGAGGAGCCGCGGCGGACAUGGCGGACAACCUGAGCGCUGCGGCCGCGUCGCCGGAGGCGGCCGCGAGGGGACACAACGUGCCGGCCCUGCUGUUCGGGGUGCUGCUGAUCGUAGUGAUCAUCUGCGGGAACAUGUUAGUGUGUCUGAGCGUGUUCACCGAGAAGGCACUGAAGACCACCACCAACUACUUCAUCGUAAGUCUGGCGGUGGCGGAUCUGAUGCUGGCUGUGCUCGUGCUGCCGCUCUUCGUCUACUCCGAGUUCCAGGACGGCAUGUGGACACUCAACACCACCAUCUGUGACUGUUUGAUGACCAUGGACGUGAUGCUGUGCACCGCGUCCAUCUUCAACCUCUGCGCCAUCAGCAUCGACAGGUUCAUCGCUGUGUUAAUCCCUCUCAACUACAACAGGAAACACGUGGACCUGCGCCAGACAGUGCUACUGUCAGCCACCUGGCUCCUGGCCAUGGCCGUAGCCUCACCCGUCAUGUUCAUCAAUAAUGUGCCAGGCCGCGACCCCAGCGAGUGUAAACUAGAGAAUGACGACUACGUCCUGUACUCGUCCGUUUGCUCCUUCUUCAUCCCCUGUCCUAUCAUGCUGCUGCUGUAUUGUGGCAUGUUCCGUGGCCUGCGGCGCUGGGAGGAGGCGCGUAAAGCUAAGCUGAAGAACAGCAUCCAGGCCUGUCGCAAGCUGCAGGAGGCCGCCGCUGCGCUGCCACCACUGGCCUCACUGCCACCGCCGCUGCCGCCCAUCAUAGAGAGGGAGCUGAUCGAUAAUGAUGAGCCAUCCACCUUGCCAUCCCCAGACCGGCCCUUCCACUCGCCAGAGUACAAAGACGGCCCUGUACGGACGGUCAGCUUCGCAGAGAUCAAGUUCGAUCCUCAUAGGAGGAAGACAGCCAAGAUCAACAGCCGGGAGAGGAAGGCCAUGAAGGUGCUUCCUGUCGUUGUGGGUGCCUUCCUGUUCUGCUGGACUCCCUUCUUUGUCCUUCACACGAUGCGAGCUCGCUGUCAGGACUGCCAUAUCCCACCAGCGCUGAUGAGCGUGGUGACGUGGCUCGGCUACGUCAACAGUGCGCUCAACCCCGUCAUCUACACCGUCUUCAACACAGAGUUCAGGAAUUUCUUCAAAAAAGUUCCUGCACCGCCUCUGCUCCAAGAACGCCGGAUGAGGAUGCCACUGCUGCUGCUGCUUGGAUGAUUUUUUAAAUGCGAACAGCUGCAAGAGAUGCUACUGACUGUUCAUUUACUGCCUGUAGUCUUUGUAUGUUGCCAUCGUUUCUUUCCACUGUGAGGUUUUUAUUUUUCUACAUGUGACGACAGCAAAGUCUGUUUGAGCUUCAUGUUUCCAGUGAAGAAGCUUCAGUCUGAGGAACAAACUGUUGAGAGGAUCAGCAACACAUCUACAUCACACAACCGACAAGAACUGAUUUUAUAUGUUGAAAGUCAUCUUUUCAGAAUAAAA